ACGAGGAGGAUAGAGAAAAUGAAGGGCUUUGUUCUAUGUUUGGGUAUGGUGGUUUUCAUGCUGAUAGGUGUUGUUUCUCCCACGAACAAUGAAGGAAAAGCCUUGAUGGCGAUCAAAGCCUCACUCAGCAACGUGGCGAAUAUGCUUCUGGACUGGGACGAUGUUCACAACAGCGACUUCUGUUCUUGGCGAGGUGUCCUCUGCGACAACGUUAGCCUCUCCGUUGUCUCUCUUAAUCUGUCAAAUCUAAAUCUUGGAGGAGAGAUAUCACCGGCCCUUGGAGUUCUAAGCAAUUUGCAAUCGAUAGACCUGCAAGGAAAUUUACUGGGUGGUCAAAUUCCAGACGAGAUUGGAAACUGUGCUUCUCUUGCUUAUGUGGACUUCUCCUCUAAUAGCUUAUUUGGAGACAUACCGUUUUCAAUCUCUAAACUCAAACAGCUCGAGUUUCUUAACCUAAAGAAUAAUCAGCUCACAGGCCCAAUACCAGCAACCUUAACCCAGAUUCCAAAUCUUAAGACCCUUGACCUUGCAAGAAACCAGCUAACUGGCGAGAUACCGAGGCUACUUUACUGGAAUGAGGUUUUACAGUAUCUCGGUUUACGUGGGAAUAUGUUGACUGGGACAUUGUCUCCUGAUAUGUGUCAGCUCACGGGUUUGUGGUACUUUGAUGUGAGAGGCAACAACCUAACUGGAACUAUCCCAGAUAGCAUUGGAAAUUGCACGAGCUUCGAGAUCCUGGAUGUAUCUUAUAAUCAGAUUACUGGAGUAAUACCCUACAAUAUCGGUUUCCUCCAAGUUGCUACUCUGUCACUUCAAGGAAACCGGUUGACUGGAAAAAUUCCGGAAGUGAUUGGUUUGAUGCAAGCCCUUGCUGUUUUGGAUUUGAGUGACAAUGAACUGAUUGGGCCUAUCCCACCAGUACUUGGCAAUCUCUCAUAUACAGGAAAACUGUAUCUCCAUGGCAACAAGCUCACAGGACCAAUCCCACCUGAGCUGGGCAAUAUGUCACGACUCAGCUAUUUGAAUCUCGCGAACAACCAUCUUGUAGGGCCGAUUCCACCUAACAUUAGCUCUUGUGCUGCUUUGAAUCAAUUCAAUGUCCAUGGGAACUUCCUGACUGGCUCGAUACCUCUGGGAUUCCGGAAUCUUGGAAGCUUGACGUACUUAAAUCUUUCCUCAAACAGUUUCAAAGGGAAAAUACCUGCUGAGCUUGGCCAUAUUAUCAAUCUUGAUACCUUAGAUCUAUCCGGCAACAAUUUCUCAGGGUCAAUACCAUUAACCCUUGGUGAUCUUGAGCAUCUUCUCAUCUUGAACUUGAGCAGAAAUCAUCUUAAUGGACCGUUGCCUGUAGAGUUUGGGAAUCUCCGAAGCAUUCAGAUCAUCGAUGUAUCAUUCAAUAUUCUCGCUGGUGUUAUUCCAAGUGAACUUGGCCUUUUGCAGAACAUCAACUCUCUAAUACUGAACAACAACAAGAUUCAUGGGAAAAUUCCAGAUCAGCUAACGAAUUGCUUCAGUCUUGUCAAUUUGAACGUCUCCUUCAACAAUCUAUCUGGAGUAAUCCCACCGAUGAAGAACUUCUCACAUUUUGCCCCGGCCAGCUUCUUUGGAAAUCCAUUUCUCUGCGGGAAUUGGGUUGGAUCGAUAUGUGGCCCUUCUUUGACCAAGUCACGAGUAUUCACAAGAACUUCCGUGAUUUGUAUGGUUCUCGGUUUGAUCACUCUUAUAUGCAUGAUAGUCAUUGCGGUUUACAAGUCAAAGCAGCAGAAACAAGUCUUAAAAGGUUCUCAGAAACAGUCCGAAGGGUCGACGAAGCUGGUGAUUCUUCACAUGGACAUGGCUAUUCACACGUUUGAUGAUAUCAUGAGAGUGACGGAGAAUCUCAGCGAGAAGUACAUCAUUGGAUACGGCGCUUCUAGCACGGUUUACAAGUGCACCUCCAAAAGUUCCCGACCUAUUGCCAUUAAGCGAAUCUACAAUCAGCAUGCCCACAACUUGCGCGAGUUUGAGACAGAGCUCGAGACCAUCGGGAGCAUAAGACACCGAAACAUUGUGAGCUUGCACGGAUAUGCCUUGUCUCCAUUUGGCAACCUCCUCUUCUACGACUACAUGGAAAAUGGCUCUCUCUGGGACCUUCUCCACGGGGCUGGGAAGAAAGUGAAGCUUGACUGGGAAACAAGGCUGAAGAUAGCCGUUGGAGCUGCGCAAGGACUUGCAUAUCUUCACCAUGACUGCACUCCUAGGAUCAUCCACCGGGAUAUCAAGUCCUCAAACAUACUCCUUGAUGGGAACUUCGAAGCACGUCUGUCGGAUUUUGGGAUUGCCAAGAGCAUACCAGCCACCAGAACGUAUGCUUCAACAUAUGUUCUAGGAACCAUCGGCUAUAUCGAUCCUGAGUAUGCUCGUACUUCUCGUCUGAAUGAAAAGUCUGAUAUCUACAGCUUCGGUAUCGUCCUUCUUGAGCUUCUGACCGGGAAGAAGGCUGUGGAUAACGAGGCCAACUUGCACCAAAUGAUACUGUCGAAGGCGGAUGAUAACACGGUGAUGGAAGCGGUUGAUGCAGACGUGUCAGUGACUUGCGUGGACUCAGGGCACAUCAAGAAGACAUUUCAGCUGGCUCUUUUGUGUACCAAGCGAAACCCUUUAGAGAGACCCACGAUGCAAGAGGUCGCUAGGGUUUUGCUCUCUCUUCUCCCGUCUCCUCCUCCAAAGAAGUUGCCUUCUCCUGCGAAACUACUGGGAGGUGAUGAACGGCGUGAGAGCCACUCUUCAGACACAACGGCCUCACCACAGUGGUUUGUUCAGUUCCGCGACGUUAUCUCCAAGAGUAGCUUAUAA